AUGGGCGGCAGGCUCGUGCCCUUCGAGCGCGCCCGGGAGCAGCGCUUCAUCGACGGCCUCGACCGGUACCUGAAGGAUCAGCACGCCCGACUCAAGGAUGUCUUUGACACCUUUGAUCGCGACAGAGUCGGGGCGCUGAACCGCUCGGACGUUUCGACGAUGAUUCGCGCUCUCCUGCCCGACGCCACGGCGGGAGACGUGCAGUACAUCCUCACUUUACUCGACAUCGACAGCGACGGGGAGGUGAGCUUCACGGAGUUUCUCGGCGCGGUGCUGAAGAUCCUGACAGACUACGUCAGCUCCCGCGGCGUCAGCCUGGCGCAGGCUUUCGACGAGUUUGACUCUGCGCACACCGGAUUCCUCACCCACAACGGACUCAUAGCGAUGCUCAGGAAGCUCAUCCCGAACCUCUCGAACGCCGAGCUCAAGCACAUGGCGCACCACCUGAGGCAGAUGGACGCGGACGGCGACGGUCGCGUCACCCUCGCCGAG